AUGUCGUCUGCUACUCUUUCCAGUGUGUCGUCUGCUGCAUUACGCGGGCAGGAUCUUAACAAAGACAUAAUGUACGAUACAUUUCAAACCUGGGCACUGCAGAAUUAUGGAGACAGCGGUAAGACCAAGACAGUUACAAGGAAGAAAUAUACCCGUAUUGUGCAUAUUUUGGCCGGAGAGGAACCACCAACAGCCGAGAACUCCAAAUUUAGAUUUUGGGUAAAAGCCAAAGGUUUUCGAUUGGGACCCAUACCUGGAAAUGGAUUGUCUUACAACAAUGCUGAGAAAGUGCUAUACGUCCCGUCACGCGUACAGGUAAGUGGCAAUCAGUCUAUUGAUGCAGAGCGGGAUUACAAGAAGGUUGCAGUUGUUGAGGACUUCUUCGACAUUAUCUACAGCGUCCACGUUGAGAUGGACGGCAGAGGGGGCAAGCAUGCCGGACAGAAACGAACUUACAGAGCGAUCGCCGAAACGUAUUCAUUCCUGCCCCGUGAGGCCGUCACACGUUUUCUCAUGUCGUGUGCAGAUUGCCAAAAACGGAUGCACCUGUCGUUUGAGCAUAACAACAACACAACCUGCGCGACCAAUCAGAACGGCAGCAGGACGAUCUCACCAAGUCACGUGACGGACGAUCCACCAAUGAUCGACUUCAGUCUCCCUAUCACCCAGACCUACCUGAACCACAUGCGAAACAAAGGCUACGCAUCGGAUUUCUCUUGUCACGAUGAGGAGAGCAUGUCCAGCGCUGACAGUGAGCUGAGCCGGGAACCCUCCCCGUUACCCUCCCCACAAGCCGACAGCACCCCCAACGGACAGAACGCCACAUCGCGAAAAGAUACAGAAGGCGAUAUAGUCAUGACACCGGUAAACCUUGCCACACCCCCGGGCCCAGAGACAGGGAGUGCUGACGAGGAUAGACCCACAGCCGUAGCCAAAUCCCCUGUACCCUCGGAGAAGGAAAGCAGGGGUCACCCCGAAAGAAAACGAAGAGCAAGUAACGAGAGUUCAGAUAGCGUUGUGACCAAGACUAGUGACGGUGCCAACACCGACGACCUCCACGUUGGAAAAGACGAAGAAGAUGAUAACGACGAUGAAGACGAAGAGAAGGUUGCAGCUGCUCAUAACUAUGACCCCGAACGUCUCAAGGCUUUUAAUAUGUUCGUCCGCCUCUUCGUUGAUGAGAACCUAGAUAGAUCUGUGCCCAUCUCUAAGCAGCCGAAGGACAAGAUCCAAGCUAUCCUCGAGGCAUGCGAUAGACAGUUCCCAGAAUUCCAUGAGCGAUCCCGGAAACGGAUACGCACUUAUCUUAAGUCCUGUCGUCGAAUGCGUCGCUCCAAGGAACAGAACGGUUGGGAGCCGCAGCUCCGCCCAACCCCGCCCCAUCUGACGUCAGCAGCCGCCGAGAGUCUCCUAGCAACCGCGUGUGAAAACGAGAGUCAGAACGCCAAGCGCAUGCGUAUGGGAUUGGACCCUCUUCCCGCUUCCGCAAUGCAACCCAGCGUUAAUCCUUCCCCUCAAUCCUCGCAGCCCCAGGUGACGUCACAGCCCAACACUCCGAACAACCAAUCACAGGCGGCACAGAUCGACCGUCACGUGCCUGCUAGCAAUGACUUUCUACGUCACCAGCCACCGCCACCAGCCUUCAGAGCACCACCCGAGUUCCACCCACCUUUCUUCACUAAUGGAAACGGCCUUUUCCGGCCAGGCUUCCCAGCUGGGUACCAACACCCCGCCCACCACCACCCGCCAGUCAUUCAACACUCUAUCCAGACAAACGCCGUACAGAAUGGAGAGUUCGGGCCUACAGAUUUGAGUAUGAAGAAACAGAACUCAAAGAAUCAACUGAGUACAACUGAGGUUGCCACAAUCAAGCAGCUGAUCGCAGGCUACAGAGAGUCCGCAGCGUUCCUCUAUCGCUCAGCAGACGAAUUGGAACAGCUACUUCUGCAACAAAACUGAGGACAACGGUGUGAGCAGACGAACUUUUACCGCGGUCAAACAAUAGCAACUCUGAAGCAGGAACGGGAAAAGAGUUUUGCUUGCAAACUGCAGGUCGACAGAGUGGAGGAUAUAAUAUGUUGCAAUGUUAUCCCAAUUAUGGAGGAGUUGGACGUUUUUGCGGGAACUGCGUAAAGCAGACGACUUUUGGUCCAUCUGUAGCUAUGGACGAGAAUGAACUUUCUGGCCUUGAAUGUUAAACGGCUUUGGUUUUGACUUUCUACGUGACGUUGGCAAAACUACACUGCCUCUCAGUCCAUGAUAUACGAUGUCUUCGUGAUGAAAUGCAAAUGACUGACAUCUCAGGAACUGACAUGCGCAUUGAUAGCUAUGCGUGUAACUUGAUCACCUGUGACUUUUAGUCAAGUAACCUUAUCAAAAGACUUCAUCAAAGUAACAGUGACUGAUAUGUAAUGACGUGAUUGACGCAUUCUGCGUGUGCAUUGACCUGGCCUGGGCAGAGGCUGUUGCAAACUCUACGUGUAAAUGCAUUCCAGAACAUUUUUCGCAGCAGACCCUUGACCGGAACAGCCGCCAUUUUUAAAAUCUCUCAAAACGAGUUAUUGCUUCGUCUCGACGAGAUUUGGUUGUAUCACGUGACACUUUGGAUGAAUCUCAUCUUUUUGCCUUGUGUUUGGUUGUAUGGAUAUAUUUUUCUAGUCAACUAUCUCUUCAUACAUAUAUUUCAUAUAUUUUUCAUAUUGGUAUCUUCUCGUACAUUCUCGCCUAGUCACGCAGUGUGCAGGGACCAUAUAUGUAUCUUCAAAGAGGUAUUUUCAAUGGUUAACUCUCUUUGUUGUGCAAAUCUUUAUUCGAGGAACUUGUAUCUGGGAUAGACAUAUUAGAAGGUUUUGAUAUAUACAACUUUUCACUGCACGACUUGCACGGGCUUUUAGUGAAAUGGACAAUAUUACGUGCCAUGGUGGUUGUAUGUAGCCGAUAUGUUAAACGUUGUGUGUUUGAUAAUUGCAUAGAUAUAUAUUGAAAUGUACAUACUGUUUUCAUGGAUCGUCUCAAAAACUUCACUUUGAAUGUUGAUAAUCUCAAACUCGUAGAUAUCACAGUCUGAUUUAUGUAAGAGUGAGAUCGAAACGUGAAACAUUUUAGUGUAAUGAACGUAUGGCGUCAUUAUGAAGAACACUAGCUUUUGAGACGAUCCCCUAUUACUCAAUGCACACAACUAUGAUUAAAGUGCAAUUUUUCUCGUAUCAUUUCAUGAUAUUGUCAAGAAAUCCCAUUCUUUCCACCUCUUACCUCAACUAAACUGUGUAGGCGCUUUAGUUUGUUUUAUUAGUUUUCUGGACAGACAUUCCAGAACACAGUUCUGUAUUUAUUUAACUUAUUAUUUAUUAGUUAAUUUAUUGAAGUUACUUCAGCAUAUAUGAAUGCGUAAUGACAAAUAUCUCAACGGGAAAAAAGCAAGCAGUACCCCGUUUCCUUAUCUAAAGGUGCUAAGUCGUGUUUCUCCCUCCCGGUAGGUGUACCGGAAAUGACAUAAUCUGAUAAUUGCCCAAUGAAAUAACGGUUGCUUGGCCGCCAUUUACGGCAUGGUUGUUGUACUCACAACCAGUUAUUUGUCUAUUUACUAAUUUAUUAUAAUGCGUAUUGUUUGUACACUAUUUAUUGAUGAAAUCAAAUCCGCCAGUCUUGAUACUAACAUCUGUGGUUUUAUUUUGUGAUCAAAAGCCUUUUUUGACAUAAUAGACAACACCGUGAAUCUAUUAUUGAGAUUUCGUUAGAGUUUAGGGUUUCACUAAAUGUUUUUUUUAACAUUGUAUGAAAAUUGCAUUUUCUUGAAAUAUAUGCUAUGACCAUUUUACGUGUUGUAAUGUGAAGGAUUUCCAAUGGUGCAGCUACACAUAUUUUUGUACAGAAAUUAAAUUUGAUAAUUGAAAAAUUAAAAUACAGUUUACGUCUUUGUGUAAUAGAAAAAUUCAGUCGUUUCUUUCUUACCCAAAAUUGACAUAUUUAUUAAUAUAUUACAGUGUUGACACGCGCAAGUGAUGCGAUUGUGAACUGAGUGUUGAAUUCUUCAGUACGUAUAGUCGUGGUACCAUUUUGGUGAGAUGUUUUUGGGUUUUUUUGUGUUUGAUAUUCACUUAUUUCGUGAAUUCCAUUCCGUACGAAGUGCGUAUUUUCAUUACUCACAGGCACGUGCAUUCCCACUUUUUAUUUUGCUGAGUACAAUUAUGUCCUACUGAAUACGAGAUCAUUCAGUAUUAAUAUUUAUUACACUCUAUUUAUUUGUUGUUUUAGUUUGUUUAUUAUGUUGAUAUUUCACCCUACUUUCGUGCAAUAUUGUCGGCCUCUCGUGUGAACAGAGCGCUAGCAUGGUAAUUAUGUAUACAUAAUGUCUGUAAUUGUUAUACUAUUUAUAUAUGAAUAAAGUUAACAUUUUACAGAGUGAA